AUGAUCACAUACACAAAUGACGCCACGCUCGCACGCGGAGACAAACAACAUAACCUAUCCCCAUGCGUAUCCCUACUGCAACGCCUAUGGAGCACCGUCCUCCAUCUUGACGAAUCCACCAUCACCCCGGACUCGCACUUCUUCCGCCUCGGAGGCGACUCCAUCGACGCAAUGAAGCUGGCUCGAUUGUCGCGCGAGAACAAUAUUGAACUGAACGUCUCUACGAUCAUCUCCUGUCCCCGACUAGCCGAGCUAGCUCAUACAGUCGGACGCCUGGACGAUGUAAAGCCCGUCACUACGACUUCUUCCAUGCAACCGGCGACAUACGCGCCGUUCUCGCUGGUCACCACCCACCAGCAGAUGCUGGAAAAGUGUCUCGUCGAGGCAGCGCGCCAGUGCGAACUCUCCCCAUCAGACAUCACGGACAUGUACCCGUGUACCCCGAUGCAAUCGGGACUUAUGGCACUGACGGCUCAACGACCAGACUCUUACUGGGUAUACCAUCAGUUCGCUCUCCCAACGGACUGGACGCUAGCACAGGCCGAGGCAGCAGGGCAAUACAUGGUGAAGCAGAAUGAGAUUCUGCGCAGUCGGAUCGUCCAGCUAGACAAUGGAGAAUGUUUCAAUGUCGUCGUCAACCAGGAUAAACAACCACCAUUCACCACCGCUGGCGGAGCGGACCCUAAUGGCAGCCCAUUCGGCCAGCCGCUCUUCGCUUCGCAUUUUGAAGUAAACUCGGUCGAUGGACGGGUCUACAUGCACUGGCAGGUUCACCACGCCAUCUACGACGGCUGGUCUGCGCGGCUGAUGCUACAGGCCUUUUCGCGCGCCUACCUGAACAACCCGGAUUCGAACGCUCCCUCCCCUUCGUUUUCCUCCUUCGUGCGGACUGUCCUCGACACCGACUGGACCCCCUCAGCAAAGUACUGGGAGCGCACCCUGCACGGCUAUGAAGGACAGGCCUUCCCGCGUCUCCCCUCUACAACCGUCGCGCGCCCAACACACCGCAUCACGCACACAUCUUCCUGGCACGGUGGUGCGUCUGGAAUAACCGCGUCGUCAAUGAUCCGCGCUGCAUGGGCGCUCGUACUAACUCGAUACUGUGGCUCCGGGGACGUAGUCUUCGGCGCCAUCGUCACAGGACGCAAUCACCCGGUCUCCGGCAUCGAAUCGAUGAUGGGCCCUACCAUUUGCACUGUCCCCGUGCGAGUCCGCACACCCCGCGAUUACACCGUCCGCCAGUUCUCCCAGCACGUGCAGGAGCAGUCCGGGGAGAUGAGCGUGCACGAGCAAUUCGGACUUCCGCGCAUCCAAGCACUGGGUGCUUUGGGACCAGCCCAGGCCGCCAAGUUCCAGAGUUUGGUGAUCGUGCAGCCGGCGGAUCUGGCUGCCGCCGUGACGGACGAUGGGGCGGAGAUUGUUGAGGUGAACCCGGGAGUUGAUGAUUACUUGACAUACCCUGUGACUCUGGAGUGUUUCCUGCGACAAGGCACGGUGUCGCAUACGCUGACUAUUGAUGAGACGAGUAUCUCGCGGUUUGAGGCGGAGUGUCUGAUGCAGCAUUUUGCGCAUGUGUUUGAGACUUUGCAGGACCCGGGUGUGGCUGAAUUCCCUGCUUCAAGUGUUGACUUACGGUCUUCUGAGGAGGCGGCGUUGCUUGCCCAGCCAAAAACACCCGCACCACAAGCCGUUGAGGGCUGUAUCCACGAGAUGAUCUUCAGCGCGGCCGCGCAGUGUCCGCAGCAACCAGCCGUGUGUGCCUGGGACGGCGAACUAUCAUACGCAGAGCUGCUCUGGCUCUCCACGACACUCGCCCAGCGCCUGAUCUCCGCCUGCGUGCAGCCAGACACCAUCGUGCCAAUCAUCCAUCCCAAGUCACGAUGGACAUUGGUUGCCAUGCUCGCCGUCCUACAAGCCGGCGGCGCCUUUCUCCUCUUAGACCCCGCAUUGCCCUUUGGCCGUGUGCAGUCCCAGCUCGACAUUUCAGGCGCAACAACCGUCCUCUGCGGACCCGAGCAAGCCACCCAGUUCGCAUCCCUGCUCACCUCAAAAACAGCCAUCUGCCUCGACGAGCCCACUAAACAGGACCUUCUCUCAUUAGCCGCAUCCAGCAACGAUGGCUCCAUUCCACACUCACUCCGCCGCGCUGGCCCUAAACAUCCCGCCUACGUCGUAAUGACAUCCGGCACAACAGGAACCCCCAAGGGCACCGUCCUCGAACACCGCCAGGUAUCCUCGGGGUUCUCCGCACAAGUCCAGCGCGGGCUAUUCCGUCCAGGCUGGCGCAUGUUGCAGUUCGCAUCGUAUAGCUUCGAUCCCUGCAUUGCGGAUAUGCUAGGCCCGCUGCUUGUAUCGGGAUGCGUGUGUAUUCCGCGUGAUGACGACCGGCUUACGAACUUACCUGCUGUCCUGCGGGAGUUUAACGUCGAUAUCGUUGAACUGACACCCUCAAUCGCUAUGCUUCUUGACCCCGCCGAGGUACCGGGGUUAAAGGUCCUCCGGUUUGGCGGCGAGGCCGUGACAAGCGCGCAUGUAGAGCGGUGGGCAGAUAGCGUACAUGUCGAGAACUCGUACGGCCCAAGCGAGUGCUGUGUAACAUGUACUCUAACACCUCGCGUGCGGGCCGGCGUGGACCCCGCGAACUUCGGGUCCGCGAUCGGGUGCCGGCUGUGGGUUGUUGAUGUUGAGGAUUGGACGAAGCUGGCGCCACGAGGGCUUGUCGGGGAAUUGGCGAUUCAGGGACCGAUUGUUGGGCGGGGGUAUCUCAAUGACGCGGACGCCGCGGCACGAGCUUUUCUCCCGUGUGCGCCGUGGCUGGAGACGGUUGACGAGUCGCCGCACUCACGCGUGUACAUGACUGGUGAUCUGGUGCGUGCUGAUGCUGACGGGACGUUCGUGUUUGUGGGACGGCGGGAUAGUCAGGUCAAGCUGCGUGGGCAGCGGAUUGAACUGGGAGAGAUCGAGACUGUUGCGGGGUCCCUGGAGACAGUGAGCGAGGCAAUUGCGAUGCUGCUGCCAGGGCCGCAUUCGUCGCCUGACUACCCGUCUUCUGCAUCGUCAUCGUCGUCAUUGUUUGACCUGCCGCAUUCUCGGGAGAUUGGCCGCGCACAGCCUACAUUGCAGAAGCUGGACCGCGUGUUUGGCGCGCAGUUGCCGGGCUACAUGAAGCCCACAUUCUGGAUCGUCGUGGACCAGCUCCCCAUGUCGACCAGCGGCAAGAUCGACCGCAAAGCCGUGCAGACGUGGCUUGGGGGCCUGGCCGCAAAAGACCUGGAGCAGUUCCGAGCCAGUUCCCUUCUAGCCGAUCACAAGUCCAUCCGGGCACAGAUUCAACCCACCGACGAAACGGCCCGGCAGAUCAGAAAGUUGCUGGACGGGUUACUUACCACGCCGCCGGGUGACGAGCUCGAAGACGUCCAGUUCGCAUCUAGCGGUCUCGAUUCAAUCAAGAGCGUUGGUUUGGUCCGGUCGAUCAACCAGCACUUUAGCAUCCGUUUGUCCAUGACGGGAUUUCUCGCGCAUGACACCCUAGCGCAGGUUGCCCGCGAGGUUGACCGGCUACAGCACAGCCCUGAAUCUUCUACAGCCUCAGCAACCCACUCCCAAUCUCCAGUUGUACACCACCUCAUCCAAGAUCUAGAUACCCUAACCCGUGCGAUCGCCGACAGCGUCCUGUCCCCAACCCCCUCCAGCAGCAUAGGAAACGUCUUCCUAACCGGCGCUACGGGCUACGUCGGAACAAUGCUCCUACGCACGCUUCUCGCAGACCCCACCGUUCAGCACGUCUACCUGCUCGUGCGCGCAGACUCACCCACCACCGGCCUACGGCGGGUUAUCCGUGCCGCACGCAUCGCUGGCUGGUGGGACGACCAAUUCUCCAACCACAUCACCGUCUGGCCAGGCGAUCUCGCAAAGCCACAGAUCGGCCUGACAGAUUCACAAUGGGCAAGUCUAUCCAGCACCGCCAUCAACGCCAUAGUGCACAACGGCGCCAUGGUCAACUGGUUCCGCAGCUACGCGGCCCUCAAAGUAGCCAACGUAGACGCCACAGCGGAGCUCCUCCGCGUCGCGACAGGUAACCCCGCAAUCACGCGCUUUUGCUUCGUCUCCGGCGGCGCGCAGUGGGAUCCCGAGGGCCAGGCCGGAUGUCUCGAGACCACGCAACUCGCGGCGGACUUAUCCAGUACAAACGGGUACGGCCAGUCCAAGCUCAUCGCUGAACAAUUGGUCGCGCGCACGGCUACGAUGCCUGGAGUAAGCCCGGCGACGCACUUUGCUACCCUCAAGCCGGGUCUUAUCAUCGGGGGCCCGGACACGGGUGUCGCCAACACGGAUGAUUUCCUCUGGCGGCUGGUCAAGGGGUGUGUCAGCUUGGGUGCAUACUGCGUGGAGAGCGAUGCGGGAGCAGGAUACAUGUACAUGGCGCGCGGGGAGGAUAUCGGACAGUCGAUGCUAGACGGGUUGCGCACGGAAACACCGUACUGGGAACAGAAGAUGCUUCGCGGAAUGCGGGUACGUCGGUUCUGGGAUGCUGUGAACACGGCACUGGCUGGGCAGCCGCUAAAGGUGCUGGAUUAUGAGGCCUGGAUAGCGGCGCUGCGGGAGCAGGUUGGCCAGCAAGGCUCCGAGCAUCCUUGUUUGCCAGUGAUGCAUUAUAUCGAGCAGGGACGGGAUAUGCUGGGGUGUCCGGCGCCGCGAGUGGAGCUGUUGGGUGGUGAGACGGGGGAGAUGGAGCGGGAGAUGGAACAGGCAGUAAUUCGGAAUGUCCAGUAUCUGAUGGAGAUUGGCUUCUUUGAUUCUGAGCCGGGUAGGGCUAUGGAGAGAGCGGAUGUGUUUGCGCGGUCUGUUGUGGUGUAG